UCACUUACUUUUAAGGGGAGGAGGCAGGAAUCCAAGAAAAAAGUCGGGGGUGAAAAACAGUGGACGUCGGUGGGACAAGGCCGAACAGAUUUAAUCAGAUAUUCAAGUCUAGUGCGAGGAUAACAAGGGUCCUGUUCUUCUCCAUCUUGCCAACAUUUAAAACAGUCGUUGCCCGAGCACUGCAGGUUUAUGCUAACGAAAUUCAUUUGUUUCUUUGUUUGACGCUAGCACGCUGCGCAGCUAACCUAGCAGCAGUUCGCAGGAGAUAUGACAUAGCUAACGUUAACCAUUACUUUCUCUUGUGGAUGGAACGCAAUAUUGUUAGGGACAUUUUUCUGAAAAUAGUUACACAUAUAUCGUGACCAGUUUGUACUUUCAGUUAACCUGCUGUUAUAAUAGAACUUUACAUGGCCAGAGAGAUGUCGCUACACGGUAAACGAAAAGAAAUUUAUAAAUACGAGGCGCCAUGGACAGUGUACGCUAUGAAUUGGAGCGUGCGGCCCGACAAGCGGUUCCGUUUGGCACUUGGGAGCUUUGUGGAAGAAUACAACAACAAGGUGCAGAUUGUGGGUCUGGAAGAGGAGAGUUCAGAGUUUGUUUGCAGGAAUACCUUCGAUCACCCUUACCCCACCACUAAGCUCAUGUGGAUUCCAGACACCAAGGGCAUGUACCCCGACCUCCUCGCCACCAGUGGGGACUACUUGCGCAUCUGGAGGGUCAGUGACACGGAGACACGCCUUGAGUGCCUGUUGAACAACAACAAGAACUCCGACUUCUGUGCGCCACUAACGUCCUUUGACUGGAACGAGGUGGACCCUAAUUUACUGGGCACCUCCAGUAUCGACACCACCUGUACUAUCUGGGGACUGGAGACGGGUCAGGUGUUGGGCCGCGUGAACCUGGUGUCUGGCCAUGUGAAGACCCAGCUUAUCGCCCACGAUAAAGAGGUGUAUGACAUAGCCUUCAGUCGUGCGGGUGGAGGCAGGGACAUGUUUGCGUCGGUCGGCGCGGAUGGUUCAGUGCGGAUGUUCGACCUGCGGCACCUGGAGCACAGCACCAUCAUCUAUGAGGACCCUCAGCACCACCCGCUGCUGCGCCUCUGCUGGAACAAGCAGGACCCCAACUACCUGGCCACCAUGGCCAUGGACGGCAUGGAGGUGGUGAUUCUGGACGUGCGUGUGCCCUGCACGCCGGUCGCUCGGCUCAAUAACCACCGCGCGUGCGUCAACGGCAUCGCCUGGGCACCUCACUCCUCCUGUCACAUCUGCACAGCAGUAGCGGACGAUCACCAGGCGCUCAUCUGGGACAUCCAGCAGAUGCCACGAGCCAUCGAGGACCCCAUCCUGGCCUACACGGCCGAGGGCGAGAUCAACAAUGUGCAGUGGGCUUCCACCCAGCCCGACUGGAUCGCCAUCUGCUACAACAACUGCCUGGAGAUCCUGCGUGUGUAAACGCUCAGAAAGGGAGGAAAUGCAUCAGGAAGAUUUGUGUGUGUGUGUGUGGGGGGGGGGGGGUGUAUUGUGGUUGAAGGCCUUGAUGUUGAAGGACUGAAGAUGGAAGCAGAAUAUCUUAGAGCCCUGAGGGUGAUAUGAUUAUGGGCCUUAAGAGGAUUGUAGAGGAUUGCUGUGGGUAGAGAGCAGUGAAUGUUUCUAACUGGACUGAAGCCUGCUCCUUAGGAACUGACGAUACGUGGAACACAGCUUCGUUGUGUCUGUGUGUCUGUAUGGAUUCUGGUAUGUGUAUACACCAUUACACAGUCUAAAUAAUUCUUCCGGACUUUUGGACAUUCAGAAUGUUUCUGUGCAGCAUUUUAUGACCAUUUGGGUCUACUGGAAGGUGUAACAGAAAGCGACUGAAAUAUUGUUAACUGAAGUUAAGUUUGCAAACAACAAAACAAAGCUGGCAUAUUCUUUUGUAUGUUGUGAAUAUCAUGUGUAAUGAUAGUGUAACACAUUCAUUUAAAAUUGCAAAUAGAUGCACAGACGGUUUCAUUUUUUUGAUCAUAAUGUCCUCUGGACAGGUCAGUACCCUGUCAGUAUUCCUGUCGAGAUUGUUAGAUUUUGUACGUGGGAGUUAUUUUAAGAUAAACCAUCACAGAAGACGCUGUAAUCAUGAGAAUGCACCUGACUGUAUGGUGAAUAAAAAAAAAAAAUCCACAAGAAAGUCAAGAACUGAAGCAGCACUUCUGAUUGUGCUAUGUUAGUUUUCAAAUAUGCAAAAGCAUUCUUCAGCUCAACAGUCAAAGGGUAUAAUUAUAUUCAAACGCUUUCAUCAGCACCGUUCUAACGGCACACUGCAGAUAAUGGCAGUAGGCCUACGCGGAAGUGUACUCUUCCCCAGAAAAAGGAUAAUGCUGUAGCUUUCUCCUUCUGUUAUAAUCACUGUAUAGCCUCUUAGUGUUUUUUAUUUUAAGGUCUGGUCCUUUGCAUGUUGAAAACAGGAGAUUGUGUAUAUUCAUAUAAAUCUUAUCUACUCAGUCAUGUCAUAUUUGGUUUAGUGUGUUCUAUAGUUUGUUUAGUUUUGUUGCUAGGAAGGGUUGAUGUGUAGUCUAACUACAGAAUUCUGACUUUGCAGUCAUCUGUAAAUCCUGUGCUUUUCAUGCCGUUGUAGCCACUUGUUUUAACAUCUUUGUUAUUUUGCAAACAGUGUGACUAGUGAAGGAUUUGUGUAGUCCCAAGCAGUGACUGAGUUUUGUAUUUUAAUAAACAAUUCUUGUUUUAAAA